AUGAAGGUCUUCAUCGUCUUUGCUCACCCUGAGCCACAAUCCCUUACCAGCUCCCUCCUCAAAGUCGCAGUUGAAGAACUGGAGGCCCAAGGCCAUGAAGUCAAAGUCUCCGAUCUAUACGCCAUGAAAUGGAAGUCCCAGGUUGACCGCGAGGACUUUCCCCAACAUCCCGCCGAUGAACGCCUCAGGGUAACAAAGGCAUCAGCCGUUGCAACCUACUCAGGCACACUCACCGACGACGUGAAGCAAGAGCAAGAGAAGUUAAAGUGGGCUGACUUUGUCAUUCUCCAAUAUCCUUUGUGGUGGUACAGCAUGCCUGCCAUCCUGAAAGGUUGGAUAGACAGGGUCUUUUCCCUGGGAUUCGCCUAUGGUGUCGGGGAGCACAGCGACGCGCACUGGGGCGAUCGAUACGGAGAAGGAAUCCUCCUUGGGAAACGCGGCAUGGUAGUCGUGACAAUCGGAGGCUGGAAAGAACACUACUCUGCCCGAGGAAUCGGCGGACCGCUUGAGCACGUUCUAUACCCCGUAACUCAUGGGGCCCUCUACUACACCGGCAUCGAGGUUCUGCCCUCGUUUGCCAUGUAUCAAUCGGAUCGAGCAGGCGAUGAAAAGUUCAAAGAGGCGGCUGACGAGCUUCGUCAGAGGAUGCAAACCUUGUUCACCGCAAAGCCUAUUGCUUAUCGGCGACAGAAUGGUGGAGACUACGAGAUACCGACUUUGACGUUGAAGCCAGGCCUUGAGGACCCUAAUACCUCAGGUUUCUCGUUACAUAGCCACAGCGUCGAGGACGCAACGGGACUAUGA